CCGACUGCAAUCAUCAUUCAGAUCAAGUGAACAGUUGAAGAAGCAACUGAAAAAAAUAAAAUAAGUCAAGUUAUUAAAUUUUAUAACUCCACAAAUCAAGAUGUUUGCAAAAACUGCUGUACUUUUCACUAUUGCUACUGUCCUAAUUGUUGGAGUAUACUCAGCAAGUAUUAGCAAUGAUGAUUAUAUCGUUGUUGAUGAAGCUCCUGAAAGGUGUGAAGUUGGAAGGAAGUACAAAGUAGAUUGUAAUACCUGUACUUGUUAUGAAGAAACUUCUCUUGCUUGCACAAGGAUGAAGUGUGUUCACCCUCCAGAAAAGAGAUCUGUAUCAGAUGAUGUUCCUCAAGAGCCAUGGGGUCCUCUAUGGGUUCCCGGAACUCCUUGUGAACCUCGUCAACGAUUCUACAGCGAGUGCAACAGUUGUUUAUGUACUCCUGAUGGAAGAAAUGCUGUUUGUACAAUGAAAGCUUGCUUCCGACCUUCAGUGUCUGCGUAGAUAACAGUUUUUAUAAAAUCAAAAAUUUUUUAAUAACAAUCAAUAGUGAUUGAUAUAAUGAUAAAUAUUAUUUAUUUAUUAAUUGUUAAAUAUAAAACUUCUCAUUUUGAAUA